AGGCGUCCUUUGAAUGAAUGGCGGCGCCGUUUGUGUGGAUUAUGCGUCAACGUUUCCGUCCUGAAUUAUGGAAAUACUCGCGAUCCACGCGAUUAUAAGUAGAUAAACCAGCUUUCUGUAUUUGUGAGAGCGUUUUAUUUUUAAAGACGUGGCGAUAGAAUCGCGUGCCAUUACUGCUCGCACGGCGCUAAACAGCUAGCCUAGCUACAUGCGUUUAGGCCUGGCGUUAACCCUGGCACACGUUUUAGGAAGCGAGCUUGUGGUAGAUGUUGGUGUCUUAGAGUCCAUGUGCAUGCUCUGAUAUUUUCCAUUUCGUCACUUGAUCUGCUUGGAAAUGAUGCAGUGAGGUUCUGCAAGCAUGUUAAAUGACCUGAGCACUCUCUGAUGAUGAGGAUGAUGAUGAUGAAGAUGAUGAUGAAGAUGGUGUGUACCUGCUAAUUGAGAAAUUCAUCUCUGAAGGCUUUACUCUGAGGUCCACCUUCCUCUGAGCUGAAGUUUUUCCUUUACCUCCCAGAACAGCAGCAAACAUGACCGGCAUCCAGUCCAGAGAUGAGUCAGUUGGAGCGAGUUCUGAUGAUGAACCCUUGAGUAAAAUGUUGAAACCUGGCAAGAAGUGUUCCGAAGAUGCACCUUCAGAUGUCAUGGAAGACGCUUCACGGGAGAAAACCCUCGAUGAGCCAACUUCUGCUGCGGAUGACUGUCCUGGACACAGCUCUGAUGACGAGCCUCUGAGCAAACUAACUGAAUCUAAGGGGUCCAAACAAUUAAGUAAACAGAAAGAGACUGGGGAACCGUCGGAUUCUGAAGAAGAUCAGCCGCUGACGACGAUCAUCAAGAAGAAGAAGAAGCAGAAGGCAGAUACAGAAGAGCCUGAAGGUGUGGGGUCAUGCAUUACUUUAGACGCCAAGAAGACCAGAAGCCCAAAAAAGCGUAAAGCCGUCACAAAGGCCCCGAAGCUCAGAGAGUCUUCGCCGUCGCCAUCGCCGUCACCGGUGAAAGUCACUCCGAGACGAGGACGAAAAGGUAGCGGUGGUGAUAUCUACACCUUCACAGCAGGUAAGGACGACUCGAAGAAGAAAGCCUCGGCGCAAUCGCCAGCCGUGAACACGACGGCUAAAAGGAGAGGACGUGGGAAAAAAGGAGGAAAAGGUCUGUGUAGCGACAGCUCAGAUGACGAGGCCCUGAGUGAGGUGGUGAGGAAGAAGAGCGAGCCGGCGAUGAAGCAUGCAGUGGUGCUGUUGGAGAGGAUGUCUGAACGAGACGUCAUGGACGCGGUGGCACGGGGACGCACACGCAGCCGAGAGCAGAAAGGUACAGCCAGAACAGAGAGUCCAGUGGAUAGCUCAGAUGAGGAGCCUCUGAGUCACAAGAUGAAGAGGCUGAAAGACCAGAGCAAGCCUGCGAGAGGCCGAAAACCAGCAGCAGAUGCCAGUUCAGACGACGAGCCUUUGGUGAGGAAAGUGAAAACGGCGAAGGUGAAGGAUAAGUUUAGAAAGAGAGCCAACGGAGAAGAGGACACGGUCAAACAAGAUAAAGAGCUGAGCGAGGAGGACGAGCGUCCAGACUGAGAUCCCGGCAGCGUCCACACACAACACCACACAUCUCACACACACACGCACACACACGAGUGAGCGUCUCGUAUCUCUACACACUUUCACAGUAUGACUCACGGAGAGCUCAGCAACGUCUCUCUAUAUGUUUUCUCUUCCCAGAAACGAGCAGAGGACUCGCUUCUUUCACCGUUCUGUGAUCAGUGCUUCAUUCCCUUUAUUUAUUUCUAGUAACAGCAUUUUUUUUAUUUAUUUUAUUUUUUUUUUUUUCCUAAAAAAAAUGUGAAUCGCUUUCACACCACGAAGCAUCAAAAAGCUUGAAACCGUUUCAUUGACCUUGUUUUAGCCUUUUAUAUUUUGUACGGUCUUAACCAGGCUUCUGCCUUUUACAUUGUGUAUACUCUGAUGUUUUGAUUUGUAAUAUGACAAUAAGUCACUAAAUGUAUCUGAUAUAAAUUCCCGGGGAAAGGAAUAUGAUAUGAAAUCUGUUUGUUUUUGAUGAAUAAUAUCGAUGUGUUUAAGUACGAAGCGCAGUAGAGUGAGAGAGAAGUGUGGAGAACCGUGUUACAGAUAGAUAUAUAUAUAUAUAUAUAUAUAUAUAUAUAUAUGCUUUUUUGUCUUUUAGUUUCUUGUGAUGAAUGUGAUUUUUUUGCCAGAUCCGAUAUUUGGAAUUCCCAACCAAUGGUUAGAUUCCCACUGUCGGUACAAUCAACAAGGCUUUAAAAAAAUUAUUAAAUCUGUGACUUUAUAAUAAAAAGUGUAGGAACUCAA